AUGGAGAAUUGCAAUGGUGCCAUUUCUUCAGUUGAACCAAGGAUGCAAUUGUCUAAGAAUGAGGAUGAGCAAGAUGUUGAUCCAACUCAAUAUAGGAGGUUGAUUGGAUCCUUGCGUUACUUGUGCAAUACACGACCAGACUUGGCGUUUAGUGUCAAUAUUGUAAGUAGAUUCAUUGGGAGACCGAAGGUGUCUCACUUGGAAGUAGUUAAGAGGAUCCUACGAUACAUCAAAGGUUCUGUUGGCUACGUAAUUCUCUUCCCCGCAGCGGGUACGAGAAAAAACUACAAUUUGCUCGGUUUUACUGAUUCCAACUGGUGCGGAGAUAAAGAUCAUCGAAAGUCUAUAGUUGGAUACAUAUUUACAUUUGGUGUGACACCAAUCUUAUGGUGUUCGAAGAUGGAGCCAGUAGUUUCACUCUCAUAUUGUGAGGUCGAGUACAUUGUUGCUUUGUUAUGUGCAUGUCAAGUCGUGUGGCUUAUGAAUCUAUUGGAGGAGCUGGGCAACAAUGAGGGUGAGGGUGUGGCUUAUGAACCCAAUUACACAUGGGAGGAUUAA